CAUAGUUGCUGCCAAUGACUCGCACUGCAUACUGGAACUGGUGGGCAACUUCAGCUGGAAAAAUAAAGACCCAGGAAUGACUGAAGGAAGACGAGAAGACAGAGAAAGUCAUGGACAGAGGAGGACAUUUAAGAAGAAGCUGGCGCCUACAUUAGAAAACUCUCAAGAGAAACGACUCAGAAAGAAGAAGAAGUGUCCGGGGAGGAAGGAGAAACACAAUGGGGAUGGAUUUCAGCACUCUUCGGACCCUCAUCAGCAGAUAUUGUGUUGGUGAGGAGAACUGGGUGGACAGCAGGACCAUUUACAUCGGACAUAAGGAGCCGCCUCCUGGAACGGAGGCCUUCAUACAGCAAAGAUUUCCAGACAACAGAAUAGUCUCCUCCAAGUACACUUUUUGGAACUUCAUCCCUAAGAACAUGUUCGAGCAGUUCAGGAGAGUCGCCAACUUCUACUUCCUCAUCAUAUUUCUGGUCCAGCUGAUGAUCGACACUCCCACCAGUCCCAUCACCAGCGGGCUGCCGCUCUUCUUUGUCAUCACAGUCACCGCCAUUAAACAGGGUUACGAGGACUGGUUGAGACACAAAGCAGACAACGCUGUCAACCAGUGUCCCGUCCACGUGGUGCAGCAUGGGAAAGUGGUCCGCAAACAAAGUCGCAAGCUCAGGGUUGGAGAUGUCGUCCUGGUAAAAGAAGAUGAAAGCUUUCCCUGCGACCUGAUACUUCUCUCCUCGUCUCGAGAUGAUGGGACCUGCUAUGUUACAACAGCCAGUCUGGACGGGGAGAGCAGCCACAAGACGUACUAUGCAGUUCAGGACACCAAAGCUUACCACACAGAGCAGGAGGUGGACUCCAUCCACGCCACGAUAGAAUGUGAACAACCACAGCCGGACCUGUACAAAUUUGUGGGGCGUAUCAACAUUUACAUGGACAAUGAGGCAGUGGCCAGGCCUUUAGGUUCAGAGAACCUGCUGCUUCGAGGGGCCACACUCAAGAACACUGAAUACAUCUAUGCGGUCGCCAUCUACACAGGCAUGGAAACCAAGAUGGCUCUCAACUACCAGUCCAAGUCUCAGAAACGUUCUGCAGUAGAAAAGUCGAUGAACGCCUACCUGGUGGUCUACCUGUGCAUUCUCAUCAGCAAGGCUCUCAUCAACACAGUGCUGAAAUACGUGUGGCAGGCCGACCCCAACAGAGACGAGCCGUGGUACAACGAGAGGACAGACGCAGAGAAACAAAAGCACAUCCUGGUCAGGGCGUUCACCGACUUCCUGGCCUUCAUGGUCCUUUUCAACUACAUCAUCCCCGUCUCCAUGUACGUCACCGUGGAGAUGCAGAAGUUCCUGGGCUCCUACUUCAUCAUGUGGGACGACGAGAUGUUCGACGAGGAGCUGGGGGAGAGAGCCGUGGUCAACACGUCGGACCUGAACGAGGAGCUGGGACAGGUGGAGUAUGUGUUUACAGACAAGACGGGGACUCUGACAGAGAACAACAUGGAGUUCAUAGAGUGUUGUGUGGAUGGACAUGUUUACGUGCCUCAUGCUAUCUGUAAUGGACAGGUGAUGCCUGGUGCGGCCAGUAUGGACAUGAUCGACACAUCGCCGGGUCCCGAAGCCAGGGAGCACGAGGAGCUGUUUUUCCGGGCGCUGUGCUUGUGCCACACGGUGCAGGUGAAGGAGGAGGAGACGGUGGACGGGAUCAAGCACGGCAUCCACCAGGGCAAGUCCACCUCCUUCUACAUCUCCUCGUCUCCGGACGAGGUGGCGCUGGUGGAGGGAAUGAAGAGGCUCGGUUUCACCUAUCUGAGACUCAAGGACAGUCACAUGGAGAUCUUGAAUAGAGAGGAUGAGAUUGAGAGGUUUGAGCUGCUGGAGGUUUUGACGUUCGACUCCGUCAGACGGAGAAUGAGUGUCAUUGUCAGGUCCAGCACUGGUGAGCUUUAUCUGUUCUGCAAAGGCGCCGACUCCUCCAUCUUCCCCAGGGUUAUCUCAGGCAAGGUGGAUCAGGUUAGAGCUCGGGUGGAGCACAACGCAGUGGAGGGUCUGAGGACUCUUUGUGUUGCCUACAGGCCUCUGAGCCCUGAACAGUACCAGGAGGUUUGCCACCUGCUCAGCGGAGCCAAGUUGGCCCUACAGGACCGGGACAAACGACUGGCUGAGGCCUAUGACCUCAUAGAGAAAGACCUGAUCCUGCUGGGAGCCACUGCUGUGGAGGACAGGCUCCAGGAGAAAGCGGCAGACACCAUCGAGUCGCUCCACAAGGCCGGCAUGAAGGUGUGGGUGCUGACCGGAGAUAAGAUGGAGACGGCGGCGGCGACCUGCUACGCCAGCAAGCUCUUCCGUCGCAACACCCAGAUCCUGGAGCUGACCACCAAACGCACCGAGGAGCAGAGCCUCCACGACGUCCUGUUUGACCUGAGCAGGACCGUCCUGAGGCAGCACGGAGGCAUGACCAGGGACACUUUCUCUGGUUUAUCAGGUGACUGCACUGACUACGGCCUGAUCAUCGAUGGAGCCACCCUCUCUGCGGUGAUGAGGCCCGGCCAGGAGGAUUCAAACUCAGGGAACUACAAAGAGAUCUUCCUAGAAAUCUGCCGCAACUGCAGCGCCGUGCUCUGCUGUCGAAUGGCGCCGCUCCAGAAGGCGCAGAUUGUGAAGCUGAUUAAAGCCUCCGAGGAGCACCCGAUCACACUGGCGAUUGGAGACGGAGCUAAUGAUGUCAGCAUGAUCCUGGAGGCCCAUGUUGGCAUCGGUAUUAUGGGUAAAGAGGGUCGUCAGGCAGUGAGGAACAGCGACUACGCCAUCCCAAAGUUCAAACACCUCAAGAAGAUGCUGCUGGUCCACGGACACUAUUACUACAUACGCAUCUCUGAACUUGUGCAAUACUUCUUCUACAAGAAUGUCUGUUUCAUCUUCCCCCAGUUCCUAUAUCAGUUCUUCUGUGGCUUCUCACAACAGCCGCUGUAUGACACAGCCUACUUGACUCUGUACAACAUCAGCUUCACCUCGCUGCCCAUUCUGCUCUACAGUCUCAUAGAGCAGCACAUUAACAUGGACAUCCUGAAGAAGGACCCAUCUCUGUAUAGAGAUAUUGCUAAGAACUGUUUGCUGCGGUGGCCCAUCUUCAUAUACUGGACCGUCCUGGGUGUGUAUGACGCCAUCGUGAUGUUCUUCGGUGCUUACUUCCUGUUUGACAACACCACAUUCACCAGCAAUGGACAGAUGUUUGGAAACUGGACGUUCGGGACGCUGGUCUUCACUGUGCUGGUCUUCACUGUUACAUUCAAGUUGGCUCUAGAUACUCAUUACUGGACUUGGAUCAACCAUUUUGUCAUCUGGGGCUCGCUGAUUUUCUUUGUGGUCUUCUCUCUGCUGUGGGGAGGAAUCAUCUGGCCCUUCCUCAACUACCAGAGGAUGUACUACGUCUUCAUGCAGAUGUUGUCCAGUGGUCCGGCCUGGCUCAGUAUAAUCCUCCUGAUCACAGCCAGUUUGUUGCCUGAUGUGGUGAAGAAGGUGAUCUGGAGGGCGCUGUGGCCCACCACCACUGAACGCAUACAGAAUGCCGAUAAACUCUACAAGGGCCAGCUCUCUGAGUUCACCCCCCUGGCGUCUCUCCAUGCCCCGUCCAAGGCCAGCGGCCACCGGCGAGGCUCGGGCAACCAGAGGAACGCCCCGAACCCUCGAAGGUCUGAACCCUUUAAAAAGAAAGUCAUGUUCACGCGCUGGCAAAAAACGCCAGACUACUGCACCUUCACCCCACUCCUCCGAUUCACAGACGGCUCCCGCCAGCCGAGGCAGGGGCACUCGUACAGCGGGGCGGGGCCCGAGACCUCAGUCUAAUUUAUUUCUGUUUUUCUAUUCUUAUAUUCUGACAUCAGACACAAUGAACUGGACAAAGGAGCGAUUAUGAUAAAUUGGUCCAGAUGUGAGCUGGGACGUAAAGUCACCUAAAAGUAACUGACUUUAUUUAUGUUACUGAGCUGGAGUCAAAUAAGGAACCAUGUUGCUAAAAGCAGGUAUCUGUAAUCCAUCUGUAAGGGAUUACAGUGAAAGUAAUCUUCAUAACUGCUCCCAAGUCAGCAGCCAAGUAUGGCACAAAGCACUAUGGGACGACUCUGGAGAGGACUCCACCCGCAGGGCCUCGCUCGCUGCCCGCGACGUGCAAAGGGCUCAGUGUACUGAUGUCACAACAACAACAACAAAAACACUCUUUCUUAAAGUAUAUGACUGUAUGUCACAGUGAAAAUAUGUGCACUGGCCCUUUACAUCUGUCUGCCUCUGACAGCAGGCAGCUGAAGUGUACUUUUCUCCAAGUGUUAGGAUUUCUAUGACUUUUUACGGCGAUAAUCAUGAGGUGUUGUGGUUGGACAUUGUGCUCAUGACGAUGAUGAUGAUGAUGAAGACCGUAACAGUGCUCUCUCUUUCUUUCCUUCCCUCCAUCUGUCUGUUCUGCCUCUUUAGGACUAACUGCUGUUGCCUGUGUGCAAACAUAUUAUCCCGAAAUACUCCGUAGGACUCUGGGGUCAGAUCCUACAGCAUUGUAAGGAGCGGUGGAGUAGAGCAGUAACGCUUUAGUGUUUGAGAAGUGGAUCUGAGUUGGUGUUUUUUUCUCUGCUUUAUUAGUCACUGUAUUGAUGUCUUAAAGAAAAAAGACCAACUUCAGCUCCACUUCCGACGCUUUUAAACUCACACGUAGGUAGUGUAGAGUGUUUCGAGGGAUAGAUGUGUGUGUAUCUGUGUGCUGAUAGCUAGUGGUCGUGUUAGUGUGUGUGCUCCGUUCACAUCUGCAGAAUCUCUUACUGUCUUUGAAGCACUUUAACUAUAAACCUUCAUCUUAUAUUUAUCUAUAACGCAGAGAGACUACUCUAAGUUUUUAUGCCUUAUUGUGUUAGUGAUUGACUCCAGUAGAAAUGGCUGUGUGACGGCUUCCGAGCUGUUUCUCAAUGCCUUAACGUCAGCUUGUAAAUACCACAGAGAUUAUGAACCAAAGAACCAGAAGAAAGAAAAAUCUGACCUCAUAUACUGCAAGUUUAUUUAAUGAGAUAAAUAGUGUGGUCUAUAAGUCAAUACACACAUUCAUGGUACUGUAAAACACUUGAAGUGAAAGUGGCCAUUAGAAAGACGAUUAAAUGUUUAGGGGAACUUUAGGGGAAAUUUAAAACAUGACAGUAGAAAAAAGCAGCUCCUCAUUUGUUCUCUGUAUUUAAUGUGUAAAACAUGAUGUGAGUGUCAGUUGUCAAGCUUGAUUUUUAGCUCAAAUACUAUUUCAGCACCUUAAAAUUUACCAUACGAACAUACCAAUCAUAGUGCAAGGAUUCUAUCAAGUGCUUCAAACUACUUGACGCCUUAAAAAUAUAGUUACUAGUUUUUCUGAGAGUUGCUCAUUGAUCAUAUAGUCACACACACACAUCCAUCCAUGUCUUAGGAGAUUGUGACGGUUUUGGUUUUAUUCUGUUGUACACAAUCUACACAGCAGCAAUAACAAAAAAAGGAAGAAAACCAAAACAAAUAGGACAUGCAGAAGCAAAAGAUUUAAAAUGAAGUUUCUAAAGAAAGUUUUUAUCUACAAAACUGAAGCAUGACACAGAAAGAAACACAAGAAUUUCACUUAUUUUCACAUUAUAAUCCCACCAUUUUAGGCUGAGUUAGAUUUGACCAUCAUUGAUAGUAAGGAGUGUCCCAAAGUCUUUUCUCACAUGAUUCAGAUCCAGUAAGCUACAGAGUGAUAAGAUUUUGUUUGUUCCACCUAAUGUUUCCCAGUCAGUUUGCAGGUUAGCUUCUGAUCUCUCAGUGCUGAUGCACGUGAAAGUCUUAUGAUGGAGUUUAGAGUGUCUUUGAUUCUGUCUUAUACUGUUUCAACCCUGAACCUCUCUGUCUUUCUUUCUGGCAUCUCUCUCUCUUUCUUUCUAUCUUCCUCUCAUUCUCCCUCUGCUGAAGCAAUGUGGAAGUUUUCCCACCUCUGUGACAGCCGCCUCCACCCGUCCUCAUCAUCACCCUCUCGUCUGUCUCGGCCAUUCCUCCCUCUGUCCGCUCAUCCAUCCAUCUACGCAUCCAUCGUGAGACAGAGUAGAAAUGAUGUUUUACACUCUUCUUUAAAUAGUUCUUUUAUGAACCGAAGCCUUGUUGCUGCUAGAGAUACUUGUAGCUGCUUUACAUUAGGUGCCUUGUGGUAGUUUCUCUGUCUGUGCUGAACUGUCUUUGCUUGCUUUUAUGGUAAACCUACUACUAAUCAUAGGCAUUUAGGUGGAGAGGCACUGCAGGUGAUGGAUGUAUGGAUGCAUGACUGAGGAGAGGGACUGACAGAAUGGAUACACGAGUAAAAAGGUGAAUGUAAAAGUUAAUUUAACGCAGGUUCUACUGUCCAAGAAGACGUAUUUGAACAUAAACAGCACUGAAAUAUUACAAUCAAUGAACAAAUUAAUUACCACUUGCAGCAAAACAUUCGACUGAUGUUUAAUGUCUAUUUUUUAUUGUUUUUAUUCACAUUUUUUAUAUAUGUCCAGGAGGGCAUUUAAAUGAAAUGUUAUUUUUAUUGUUUUCAUUAAUGUAUAAAAUAUGAAAUUCCCCUGUACCACAUUAAGAGUGAGUGAAGGUGGUCGGAGCACACUGGAAAAGAUAUCAGUCAGAUGCCGUCUUUAAUCUUUGUAAAGAAAACUUGAAGCUCCAGCUCUGCUUGAUUGAUUAACUGCAGUUGAUCAAUGUUACAAACUGGGAUUUUUCUUUUUUUAUGUUCUGUGUAUGUUUCCUUUAAUGUCUUGCUUGUCAAGAUUCUGGUUUUCUACUUAGAUAUUUAUAUAAAAUGAACAGCAAAACAAAGGAUUCUUACACUGUUGGAUUCUGGGGUAAAAUCUAAUUAAAGGAUCAGUUCAACCAAAUUACAACGGUGUAACCAUUGUGUUGGUAUGGAAGCAGAAAUCUUAGAGAUGCAUAUCUCCAAACUUGGACAAAUAAAACUGAAUAUACAUUUGCAUGGCUUGAUCGCACUGGAGGUAAGUGAGUGUAAUUUGGGUGAAUUGGCUCUUUAACAUCCUCAGGGUUGUGAAUGUGAACAUGUAAUCAAGGAUCCUGUUCUUCCUCCUUGCUGUAUGUGUGAAUCCCAGUUGGACUUUGGACAGAUACAGGUCCCUGCAGGGAGAUGUUUGUCAACUGUAACUGUGUGCCAGUAUGAUGCCACCUGAUUCCAUAGGUAAUAAGAUAGAAAUCAAUGUAAUUAUUGACUAAAAUUGCCACAGACUGAGGCCACAUAAAGAGAAACACCAACGCAGAAGCUUUUAUACUUUAUGAUCUGAGUUAUCUGAUCAAGCCUGACUGAAUAUUGGCACUUUGAAGUUAUUGCCAUAAGCCCCUUCUUCAUGUGAGGUAAGACAGUCAGGUACUUCCUGUAUCUCUGUCUGGAAAACUGUGGGAUCAUAUAAAGAAAUUACUACAAAAAAAGUAUCCACAGUUACUUCAGAGCUUUUUGUAUGUAUGUUAUAGAUCGUGUGAGGCUUUGUGUUUUUUUUACUUUCCAGAGACUGUAUUUGAUGUGUGUCUUAUUUGUGUAGAGGAGUAUUCUAACAACCACGCUGGGUGGCAUCAAAACAAAACACUGGACAUGUAUGUACGUAUGCAUAGCUUUAAAGAUUUUGAAAAAGCAGAGCGAUUUCUGUGGUGUUAGCUCAGAUACACCCCUGCACUGAACCGUCUCGUCUGAUGAUCGACACCUUGCUGUAGAAAUUUUCAAAGCCAUUAAUGGUGGUGGAUUAACUGUACCAGUCGCUCUUGUCCUAACUGUCCUGGUCUUUUAAGACCACCUAAACUGACAGCCUUCAAACAGAAUGUUAUCUUUUUCUCUUUUACAAUGUAUUAUUGUAUAGUGAUCUAUAUUUCUCAUAAUCAACAGUAUCUAUAAUCACUGUACACUCAGAUACAGUUUUGGGGUCUUUUUGUAUACAGUUUUUAACAGAGUCAUAUCAAGGUUUACUUGUGGAUUUUUGCCAACAUUUCUGUAGCUAUCAACGGCAAACAACUGUACAUUUGCUUAAGAAUAAAAGCCAGAAGUGGAAAUAUAAAAAAAGAAAAGGAAAAGAA